AGGCAUGCACCACCACGCUCGGCUAAUUUUGUAUAUUUAGUAGAGACGGGGUUUCUCCAUGUUGGUCAGGUUGGUCUUGAACUCCCGACCUCAGGUGAUCCGCCCGCCUCGACCUCCCAAACUGCUGAGAUUACAGGCGUGAGCCACAGCGCCCGGCUCAGGAGAUUUCCUACAGCUCAAAAUUUGUAAGGCAAAGAGAUGACCACAAGUCUUGUGAGAGUGGAGAGCGACCUCGGCUCUUUUAGUCCCGCCUGGCCCACCAGGCACUGCACAGUACGGUAGAGGCCCCGCCCGACCCAGCCCUUUAAUCGGCCUGUUGCAAUCACUAUCAACCCGCCAAUUCUGGCCCCUCCCCUGUCUUCCGGGUUCACUCACUUCCUGCCGGGCCCAGGCUCAGGCCCCGCCUCCGUCUUGUUUGGAGGAAUCCAAUCGAACCUGGAGGGCUGCGCUCCGCCCUAUGCCUCGCCCGCCUCUUCCAAGAGCAAUCAGAAUCAACUCAGGUCCCGCCCCCGCUUCCGUCCGCCGAGACCACGCCCCUUCGGCGCAAUCAGGCCGUCUGCUGGCCCCGCCCCCUAAAGACCCGCCCUGUCGAAUCUUCUCCCUGCGCUACUUCUGCGGCUGCAUCUUCCAGACUCCGCCCCGGGCGCGGAGCUGCAGCCAUGGCAGUCACCGCCCAGGGAGCCCGCAGGAAGGAGCGGGUCCUCUGCCUGUUUGACGUGGACGGGACCCUCACGCCGGCUCGCCAGAAAAUUGACCCUGAGGUGGCCGCCUUCCUGCAGAAGCUGCGAAGUAGAGUGCAGAUCGGUGUGGUGGGCGGCUCUGACUACUCUAAGAUCGCUGAGCAGCUGGGUGACGGGGAUGAAGUCAUUGAGAAGUUUGAUUAUGUGUUUGCUGAGAACGGGACAGUGCAAUAUAAGCACGGACGACUGCUCUCCAAGCAGACCAUCCAGAACCACCUGGGGGAGGAGCUGCUGCAGGACUUGAUCAACUUCUGCCUCAGCUACAUGGCCCUGCUCAGGCUGCCCAAGAAGCGUGGAACCUUCAUUGAGUUCCGGAAUGGCAUGCUGAACAUCUCGCCCAUCGGCCGGAGCUGCACCCUGGAGGAACGGAUCGAGUUCUCCGAACUGGACAAGAAAGAGAAGAUCCGGGAGAAGUUCGUGGAAGCCCUGAAAACAGAGUUUGCUGGCAAAGGGCUGAGGUUCUCCCGAGGAGGCAUGAUCAGCUUUGACGUCUUCCCCGAGGGCUGGGACAAGCGCUACUGCCUGGAUAGCCUGGACCAGGACAGCUUCGACACCAUCCACUUCUUUGGGAACGAGACCAGCCCUGGUGGGAAUGACUUUGAGAUCUUUGCUGACCCCCGGACUGUUGGCCACAGCGUGGUGUCUCCUCAGGACACAGUGCAGCGAUGCCGGGAGAUUUUCUUCCCAGAGACAGCCCAUGAGGCGUGACCGGGGCCCACAUCUGUGCGUUGUGACUUCUGAAGAGUUUGGCCUAGGCCUAAAGAGAGGUCCUGGUGUUGGAUAGAUGCCAGGGCCCCUCCUCUGGCCCAGGACGCCUGCUGCAAGGCCCACCCGAAUGGGGCCAGAGUCUGUGUGGACAACCGUCCCUAGCCAGUCAGCUCCUAGUGGCACUGGCUCUGUCCUCCCAGAGCCCAGAGUGUUCCCCAUGCUCCACCUGGUGGCCGAGGCCACAGCUGCUGCUUGUAUUUCGGUAUAGAACAGGUUUCUGCGCCAGGAGGAGGCGUGCACAGGUGUCGGUACGAGAUCUAGCCUGCCCUGCCUGCCUGUCCUGGACAGUGGGGUAUGGUGGCGUAGGUGCCUAUUCCCUGGACAGUGGGGUGUGGUGACGUAGGCGCCUGUUCCCUGGACGGUGGGGUAUGGUGGCGCAGGUGCCUAUUCCCUGGAUGGUGGGGUGUGGUGGCGUAGGCGCCUGUUCCUGGAUGGUGGGGGUGUGGUGGCGUAGGCGCCUGUUCCUGGAUGGUGGGGUAUGGUGGCGCAGGUGCCUAUUCCUGGACAGUGGGGGUAUGGUGG